AUGUUAAGGUAUUUUACUCGUAACCUGCUUAGAACAACGUCAGGGGUUCGCUUCGCUGGGGUGACGGCCUCAGGUGAAAGAGUACCUUCCGCACCCUCAGCCGCCACCGCAGCUUCAUCCGGGCCCUACCAACCCGCAUAUUCGGAAAUCAAAGGAGUCUCCGACACCCCAGUUCUGGAUCAGCUCAUAGGCUACUAUAUAAACAUACAGUCUCGCAAGAUGUACUACAAGGACUUUCUUCGGAUCGAGCACCAGGCGGUGCGUUGGGCUUUCGCCGACAUUCGAAAAAACAGCGAGGCACUUGCGCAUGGUUUGCUGCAGACCGGUGUGAGGCCUGGGGACCGCAUCUUGAUAAUCCAGCCCUGCAAUUGCGAGACGCUCGUACUACAGCUCGCCUGCUCGAAGAUCGGGGCCUUGGCCUGCAUCGUACCUCACAAAACCAUCAGCGCCGAUAAGCUUCGUUUCUACUUGAACGAGUUCCAGCCACGCCACCUUGUUGCCCGGGAGUGGAUUAAUGUACCGGAGCUCAAGCAUGGUGAGCUGGUGGAGCGGAAUAUGCACUUUUGGGAUACGAUCUACAACGUCAUCCCGGAUCUGGGUUUGUCCUACCCCGGGCAGAAGUUCCAAUGGGUGCACUCACAAGAGUUUUUUUAUCUCAAGAAAGUUAUCAUCACCGAUCAUAACAUGAACCUUCUCGGUGUCACUCCAAUGCGAAAGAUUUUGGUCUGGGGCCCCUUUUCCUAUUACGAACAGCGACUCCGACGGCUCUCAGCUCUUUUGCACCCGGAUGAUCCAGUUCUGGCCCUGGAGGACCCUAAUCCCGCAGUGGAAGAUAAACUACAUAUCACCUUCUCUCAUCGAAAUUGUGUGAACGCUGGGUUUCUUUUCAGCCAACUAAUGAACUUCAAGGCAGAGACACGCUUUGGGGUCAUGCCCAAUCACCAUACAAACCCUAUCGGUGCAAUUAUUGCCCCUUAUGCAGCUAUUACAUCCGGUGCGGUGCUUAUCCAAAUUCACUCGGACUUGUUCACAGACGACCACGCUAUAAACGCGAUUGAAAAGCUCUGUGUUGAAGAAAUCGAGACGCUACUAGGUGAUAAAGCGGACUUUGAUCUCCUUCUUAAGCACGCUGGGAACUUUGAUGUCGACCAGUUUGAGCACUUGAAGUACGUCGUGCUCUUUGAAAACGCCGUUGACCAGCCGACGUCGAUGGAAUAUAUCCAGAAGCUUGCUCAGAAUUUAUACCUUGACGAUGUCUUCGUCUUCCGUGGACCGUUGGAGACAAGCUUUAUGUUGUCAUGGUUGUCCCUACGUAAGGGCUCUUUGGGAAUGGUGCCGCAUGUCGAAGUAAAGGUCGUCGGUGACCGCGGGACGGGCGAUGCUAAAAUUCUGUCCACCGGUCAACGAGGAAACUUGAAGCUCAAGGGGCCACACAUUACGCCGGGAUACUACAACAACGCCGGGCUCAUGACGGAGAUGGUGGAUGAAAAAGGAUUCUGCAGCACCAGCCGUGAGGCAAUUAUGGACAUUGAUGGAAAAUUAACACUUAAAGAAACUCAAUUAUAUUGA